AUGCUCUCACGUGUUGCUGCAGUGAAGGCACCCCGCACACACAACCGUCGCCGCGUGACCGGAUCCAGCGGAAGGAGGAGGGAAGGAAGAGAGAGUGAGCGGCAGAGGCCCAACAUGUCCCGGCAUGUGUUUACUUUUGCUGUGCUGCUCCUCCUCGUCGCAGUGAUGAUGUGCUGCGGCAGUGGAGGUGCACAAGCUGGUGUGGAGGAACCGUCGUCUGAUCCGAAUUUUGAAUGGAACGGCAUCAGUGAGGGUAAAGGUGAUGUAACUGUGGAGUCGUUUGGAAUUCCCGGCCUUCUAAACGUGGGGAGUGGCGUAUUUGCCGUUGCCGAGGCGCGGUGCAAGAAGAAUGAUGGAGAAGAUACCUUUACUGGCAUUGCAUCCCAACUUCUCAGGAUAAAAGACGAUAACGAACCAAUGGAAGUGCUAAAGGAUGCCAAAGAUAAGACACAAUUCCUGGAGAAAUGCCAUUCCACAAGCGCAAAAAAGAGAGUAGAUGUGAGCCGACCAACAACGGUUGUGAAGGAAAGUGAUAUUUACAUGCUUGUUGGGCAAUACAGCCGGACAGCUGUUGCUGGUGCUCGGGAGAGUGAUGCAGAUGAAUGGGGACUGUUGCUGGUGAAAGGGGAAGUCAGUGGUGAAGAAGAAAGUAACAAACAAAUUGACUGGAAAGAUACCAACGCUGUCCCGAAGACACCUUUAGGCGAACAACUUUCAUCCUUGACACGGCUGAUUGGAGGCGGUGGAUCGGGUGUCAAGUUGAAGGACGGUACACUUGUGUUUCCGCUGGAAGGCACGAAGAAGGAUGAUGAAAUAGAAGAGGAUGGAAAGACAAAAACCAUUUCUUUGGUACUAUACUUGCAGGAUACUAAUAGUUGGAAGCUGUCGAAGGGGAUGUCUGCCGAUGGCUGCAGUGAUCCCUCCGUCGUGGAGUGGGAGAAGGAGGGCAAACUCAUGAUGAUGACAGCGUGUGAUGAUGGCCGCCGCAGGGUGUACGAGUCCGGCGACAAGGGGAAUACGUGGACGGAGGCAGUCGGGACGCUCUCGCACGUGUGGGGCAACAAAAAACGGGACGGAGAAGGGAAGGCCGUUAGGAGCGGGUUCAUCACAGCGACUUUUGGCACUGGAGAUGAUGGGAAAAAUGUGAUGCUCGUUACUCUGCCGGUGUAUGCCAAAGAAAACAAAAAGAAAAAGAGAGGGGCGACUCC